GUGUUAACGCGGUGAAGAGGGAAAUGGAGAGAAAUGAGGUCUGAAAAAGACCAAAUGCCCGUGGCCAAGGAGAAGGGCAGUGUGGAGAUCCAGUUUCGAGACAUCCCGAGUGAGCAGGACAACACGAGCGCGAACGCCAAGCACAAAGAAGAGAAGAAAGAGCUGUUCACCAAGGUGGUGAUCCGCAGGCUUCCUCCGAGCAUCUCAAAGGAUCAACUUGAAGAACAGCUCAGUCCGCUUCCCUUGUUUGAUUAUUUUGAGUUCUUUCCAGCAGAUCAAAGUCUGUACCCGCAUCUAUUUUCUCGGGCGUACAUUAAUUUUAAAAACCCUGAAGAUAUCCUGCUGUUCCGAGACAGGUUUGAUGGAUAUGUCUUCAUUGAUAACAAGGGCCUUGAGUACCCAGCAGUGGUGGAAUUUGCUCCCUUCCAAAAAAUCUCCAAGAAGAAACUUAAGAAAAAAGAUGCUAAAGCUGGAAGCAUCGAAGAAGAUCCAGAAUAUAAACGAUUCUUAGAAAAUUACUCCUGCGAUGAGGAGAAGUCAAUGGCCAAUCCUGAGACUCUGCUGGGAGAGAUCGAAGCCAAAACGAAGGAGCUCAUUGCCAAACGGACGACGCCCCUCUUAGAGUACAUCAAAAAUAAGAAAAUAGAGAAACAGAGAAUAAGAGAGGAGAAGAGAGAGGAGAGACGGAGACGCGAACUGGAGAAAAAACGCCAAAGAGAAGAAGAGAAAAGGAAGAGACGCGAGGAGGAGAGACGCAAACGCAAAGAGGCUGAGAAGCAAAAGAAACUGUCUGAGAAGGACAUCAAAAUAAAGCUUUUGAAGAAGAGCGACAGAGACGACGACGUGGAUUCAGAUCGAACGAAGGACAAGAGUGAUCCGGGAGAGACGGAACGACAGAACAAGUGGGAAAAGAGUGGGAAUCAGAUGAAGUCCAAGGAAUUUAAAGAAAACAGGGGUCAGCCUGAGAGCGACAAAGAGCAGCAGCAGCAGCACAACAGCCGCAGACAGAGAGACAAGGACCACAGGCUCAAAGAUGAGGAAAGAAAACGCCAAAGACACCAUUACGAGUUUGACAAGUUCAUGCGGCGUAAAGAGGAGACCAAAUGGGGAAAAGGAUACUGCCAAGACAGAGAGGAGAGGAGGAAGAAAGAGGGGCACCAUCACAGCUACAACUACUGUCCCGAUAAUGGAGACAAACUCGGAAAAGACGACCGCGAUGAGCUGAGUAACAGAAAGGAGCGCCUCCGAAACAAGGAUCGUCCAGCCAUGCAGCUUUACCAACCCGGCGCACGAAAUCGCAAACGCAUGAGCUCGUCGGGCAAAGGCUACGACUGCGUCCCGGUGGGUCACUCCCCUGAACCUACGGCUGACCACUGCUACGAGGCGCCGGGGAUGGGUUUGGACAAGGCGUUUGAAAAGGGAAAAGAUGAACAGUGAGUGGGAACGUGAUUUUGUGGGAUUUUAUUGUGGCUGAUAUUAAAAUUAACUGUUGUUUUUUUUUGGUAAAUAUAUUUCUGAGCUGUUCCUCAUGUCAUUUUGAUCACACAUUGUUUGGUUUGACAUAUUUUUGGAAAUCCAUCGGCGAUAAAUCAACAACAGUAGCACUUUUUUUGUUUUGUUUGUGAAGGGUUUUUCCCGUUUAGGCAGCUAGAAGUGUGUUUGUUUUCAGCCUUGAGGUGUGACUUGUGACUCCCUCUGUUCAACAACACAAAACAUUCUAUAAAUAAGAAAUAUAAGGUGUAUUUUAUGUGCUAUUUGGAUGCGUUAUGGUGAUAAUCUAUAGCAGUCUCCUUCAAUUUUGUACAAAAACAGGCCAAAAACCUGCCAGUUCAUGCAUGUAACUGCUCUGAAAUGUCCUUUGUGUUACGUUUUGAUUAAAAGCCUUAUUUUACCCGUGC